AUGAAUAAAACAUUUUAUUGUUUGUUGUCUAUAACCGUGAUUACCACAAUUUUAUUUCUUGGAUUAUUCUUUGGAAUCGGAUAUCCAGAAAUAUUGAGAAACAACUUUACGAAAACUACUUGUGAUGCUACUAGAAAAUGGAAUAUUCCAAAAUAUUGUUGUUAUGAAAAAUGUGAUAAAUGCAUAUAUGCACCAUCAAAUGCUACUAGUUGUUAUUCUUUAAAGGAUAAAUGGAAUUCUAUUGAUCCUACAACAUGUAAUAACGGAUGUCCUUCUAUUGAUGAUAGUUCUUUAUGUGGAAAUGGAUAUCAAUGUUGUUUAGAGAGUUAUAGACAAGUAUGUCCAAAAUCAGGAUCAUCAUAUUAUACACAGCAUAUUUGUGAAUCAUGGGUUACAGAUGUUAGAUGUCAGAUCAUAUGUCCGUUUUGUCAUAAUGUGAUCAUUGAAGUUAAAUAUAACACAUUUCAAGGCCUUAAAAUCUCAAAUAAUACAAAAUUUUUUGAUAGUGAUCAAAAUGAUAAUAGUAUAAAUAAUUAUAUGGAUAAUUAUUCACUCACGAAAUCUUUUGAAUGUUUUUAUGAUCCAAAGAAUCUUUAUGAUGUUUUUUUUGAUGUGGAUUAUACAACAAGAACAUGGUCAAUUAUCGGAUUAUCUAUAUUUUUAUUAUACUUAUCUUUGAUAAGUUUAACUACAUAUCUUUCGAUAAAAUAUCAUGCUUUUACAAAAGAUCAUUGGUUGAAUUUUAUUUUAUGUCUGUGGUUAGGUACUGUACCACCAAUUAUAUUUAUUUCUGUUUCACAUACUCCAAAUGUGAUUGCAAAUAUUUUGUAUGGGAUAUCAUUGAUGUUGAUCACGAUUUUUUGGGCAAAUGUUCCAUUGGUUGAAUGGAGCAAAACAAUCGAUAGUAAUCAUAAAGUAUGGAUUUUAGUCACAGGAACUUUUGUAUUACCUUUAUUAUUCUUUGAAGUUUUACUCAAGAUUUCUUCUUUUACUAAGAAGAGAAAAGAAUUAAAUUAUCAUAUUAAUGACGAAAUUGAAGAAGAUUUACCACCACCACCAUAUGAUCAAGCAAUUAUGAAAAAAUAA